CUUCUGCCGCUCACAACUCAAUCUCCCCAUCUCCCUGCUUUUCUUCCUCCCUCUGAAAAUCAACGAUCAACCAAAGAAAAGAAAGAAACAAAAACAACCUUUCUUCUUCCCCUCCUCUCACUCGAUGGGCUCCUCUACUCAUUCUCAAUUAUGGCGAUGAUGGAGAAGGAAUGAUAGAUCGGAGGAUGAUGAGCCUCGCCGACUUCCGCCGACGAAGAGUGCAGCAACCGAACACCUUCCUCGGUGCGAGAAGAAGAAGGAAAGAAGCUGUCGGCGACAAAGGUGAAGUAACUCCCGCCGGCGGUGAAAAGGGGUUCAAAUCUGGAAAUCUGUGUUAUGGUGUUCAUGAUGAGUUUGAUUCUGAGAAUCGGUUGCCGGUGAUUGUAAAG